AUGGUGGUCUUCAAAAUAAUUGCCACCACAAAUGCUGCCUAUAUUCUUGGGCUAUCUCUGUUAUGGCUUCCUAAUAAAUAUAAGAGCAAGGACAACGCAGCAAUGGCAAGGAUAUUCUAUGGAGCUGUGGUACUAUUAACAUUAGGCGAAUCUGGGCGAUCCGCUGCUUUGGAAAAAUUUCUUAACAAGCAAUGUUUAAGCAAACAUGAAGAAACAGGACGCACAGAUGACAAACGACCGGAAGGAUGGGAAGAAGCUAGCGAACAGAACGAAAUAACAGAAGCUGGUGGUGAUCAACAGGUGACGAAAGAAACAGCAGAAAGGGAUAAAAAGGACUUAUGGAGUGUUCCAUGGUUUUUAGGUGCAGUGGUACCUCUUUUCCUUUUAAAAACAACUUGGACUCAGAUCUUCAUGAUUUCAACAAUUGCAAUGGCAGUUUCUUAUUUAUUGUUCUGGUUUGGCUUCAACGAUUAUUUGAAAAACAAUAAAGAAGCACAAGCAGGGAAGCAUCCCCAAGUCACGGAAAGAGAGAAUCUUUGGACACUGAACAAAAAGGUGAAGAAGAAAAAACGUUUGCGCAAAGAAAUUGUAGCUUCAUGGUUAGCCUUCUUUGUAUACAGUAUGGUAAAGGCAGCGGGGAGCACCUUCUUUUUCGAACAAAUAACGAACGCGGGUGAGAAUUGGCUGUGGAAUGGCUUCUACUGUGUUAUGUUGCGUUGCUGCUUGGGUGGUGGAGAUCCACAGGAUGAGGAAAGUUACGAGGCUUAA